UUGGCAAACAUGAGUUGACUGGGCAUAAAGUUGCUGUGAAGAUACUCAAUCGACAGAAGAUUCGAAGUCUUGAUGUGGUAGGAAAAAUCCGCCGAGAAAUUCAGAAUCUCAAGCUUUUCAGGCAUCCUCAUAUAAUUAAACUGUACCAGGUCAUCAGUACCCCAUCUGAUAUUUUCAUGGUGAUGGAAUAUGUCUCAGGAGGAGAGCUAUUUGAUUAUAUCUGUAAAAAUGGAAGGCUGGAUGAAAAAGAAAGUCGACGUCUGUUCCAACAAAUCCUUUCUGGUGUGGAUUAUUGUCACAGGCAUAUGGUGGUCCAUAGAGAUUUGAAACCUGAAAAUGUCCUGCUUGAUGCACACAUGAAUGCAAAGAUAGCUGAUUUUGGUCUUUCAAACAUGAUGUCAGAUGGUGAAUUUUUAAGAACAAGUUGUGGCUCACCCAACUAUGCUGCACCAGAAGUAAUUUCAGGAAGAUUGUAUGCAGGCCCAGAGGUAGAUAUAUGGAGCAGUGGGGUUAUUCUGUAUGCUUUGUUAUGUGGAACACUUCCAUUUGAUGAAGAUCACGUGCCAACGCUUUUUAAGAAGAUAUGUGACGGGAUCUUUUAUACCCCUCAGUAUUUAAAUCCAUCUGUGAUUAGCCUUUUGAAACAUAUGCUGCAGGUGGAUCCCAUGAAGAGGGCCACAAUCAAAGAUAUCAGGGAACAUGAAUGGUUUAAACAGGACCUUCCAAAAUAUCUCUUUCCUGAGGAUCCAUCAUAUAGUUCAACCAUGAUUGAUGAUGAAGCCUUAAAAGAAGUAUGUGAAAAGUUUGAAUGCUCAGAAGAGGAGGUUCUCAGCUGCCUUUAUAAUAGAAAUCACCAGGACCCUUUGGCAGUUGCCUACCACCUCAUAAUAGAUAACAGAAGAAUAAUGAAUGAAGCCAAAGAUUUCUACUUGGCAACAAGCCCGCCUGAUUCUUUUCUUGAUGAUCACCAUUUGACUCGACCCCAUCCUGAAAGAGUACCAUUUUUGGUUGCUGAAACACCACGGGCACGCCAUACUCUGGAUGAAUUAAAUCCACAGAAAUCCAAACACCAAGGUGUAAGGAAAGCAAAAUGGCAUUUGGGAAUUAGAAGUCAAAGUCGACCAAAUGAUAUCAUGGCAGAAGUAUGUAGAGCAAUUAAACAAUUGGAUUAUGAAUGGAAGGUUGUAAACCCGUAUUAUUUGCGUGUACGAAGGAAGAAUCCUGUGACAAGCACAUUUUCCAAAAUGAGUCUUCAAUUAUACCAAGUGGAUAGUAGAACUUACUUACUGGAUUUCCGUAGCAUUGAUGAUGAAAUUACAGAAGCCAAAUCAGGGACUGCUACUCCACAGAGAUCGGGAUCUGUUAGCAACUAUCGAUCUUGCCAAAGGAAUGAUUCAGAUCCUGAAGUUCAAGGAAAAUCCUCAGAAGUUUCUCUUACCUCAUCUGUGACGUCACUUGACUUUUCUCCUGUUGACAUAACUCCAUGACCUGGAAGUCACACAAGAGAAUUUUUUGAGAUGUGUGCAAAUCUAAUUAAAAUUCUUGCACAGUAAACCUAAACCUUUGCUUAUUUCUUUGAUAGCAAUAAGCAUGCAUAAUAAAUCAUAGCCAAAUGCUUCCGUUUAUAACCAAGUUAUUCAUAUUAUAACUAAGAAUUGGCCUUUUGGAAUGCAGUUUGCACAGGGAUUGGAAGAUUGAUUAAUAGUUAAAAGUUUAAUGUGCAGAAAUUAAGGCAAUUUCGUUGCUCAUUAUUUAGCAGGCAUAUAGCAUAUAUUUAAUAUACACAAUGAAUUAUAGAUCUCUCAGGCUCACUUGAUUUUUUUGGCUAUUUUAUAUUUAGUGUACAUAGGGCUUUGAGAAUAUUAAUUUACCAUAAAGGCCUUCAUAUAUUAUUACAUGUUGAUGUGUUACAUAUUUGCUUAAUGAAUUUAUUCAAUAAAUAUUGCCUAGAAUUCCUGGAGAUGUUUAUAGGUGAUUUUGUUUUCUGGGCUCCUUAACUUCUUAAAUAGCUAGUAUCUUCCUCUCAUAGUGUCUGGAUAACUACAUAUCCCACUCUUAAAGUUCUAUAGUAUGUGGUAAGUCAUAUCAGAUAUUAGACUCAAUUAAUUUUUUUUCUUUAGCUUCGUAAGUCCAAGAACACAGAGUAUAUAUAUUCAGAUACUUUAGGCACUAAGUUUAAUAUUAAAAUCUGUCCCACUGUAUUCUGUACAUAAAGUGUUCUUUUUGUUACAAGAGCUAUGUUGCAUACAGUGUAAAUAAAUCAUGUUUUUGCCAAUUUCAUAAAUACAACUGACUCAUAAUGUCAAUCAGUAUUGAGUAUAUGCAAAAAUGUCUAGUCAUUUUGACAAUCUCUUAAAUUGAUUCAAUAUUUAGAAAGAACAUCUCUUAUAAACUAAAUGCUUGGAUAUGACUUUGUCCCCCAAAUUUUAUUAUAAACAUUCUUAAAAGCAAAAAAAUUGAGACCGUAGGGUGAUACCAUGUGUUUACCAUUUAGAUUAAACAAUUGUUAACAUUCUGCUUUAUUUUCUGUUUAUUUAUGUAUAAAGAUAUAGUUAUACAUAUACAUGUGUAUGUAGAAUCGUUUUUUCUUCUUAAUCAUUUGGGUCACACCGUUAUUCCCUUAGAUAUUGCAGAUAUGUCCAAAAAAUGACAUUCUCCAAAAAAAUAAAAAGUAAUACUAGAAUUAUGAGACGAAUAAUUUUCUAAUGUCAUCUAGUAAUGAAUCUAUAUUUAGAUUUCCUCAGUUAUCUUCCAAAUUUCUUUUAUAGUUGGUUAUUUCGAACCAAGAUCCAGCUGUUGAAUUGUCGGAAAAGUCAUGACGCGUUUAUGCAUAGAAAAAUAUGCUCGCCAGAAAGACAGGAAGUGAGAAAUCACCCCACCGGGGGGAUGGCCACGCUGCACAGGCCACACAGGCGCCCAUCGUGUGUUUAAGCCACCAGGUCCAGGACUUGAACCACGGUGGAACCACAUGGGAGUCCAACGACAUAGCCAUUAUUCCAACUGCUGGUCCCAUAUCCUGAAUUUUCUGACGACCCAAUAGUUUACACAUUCGUUGGUUCUGUCUCUUUAUUCGGAUUAUUAUUUUGAUAAAAUAUGAACAAAUUGGUUCUUUGAAAUGUUCACAUUUAUUUUGGGUUUUAAUUACUUUUUAAAACACCGCAUUGUGGGAACUGUCAAAAGAUGUUUAAUCAUCCUAAGAUCUCAGACUUACAUUUAUAUAUAUAUAUAUUUUUUUUUUUUCAUUCUUAGUAACAGGAUUACGUAAUAGGUAUAAAUGAAGAUUUAAAGUAACUUCAGAUGAAACUGGUACCAUGUGUAUGCUAAUAAGAAAAUUAUUGUAUCACUCAUAUUUGCCUUAUAUGUCAUUAAGAAAUUAUUUUUUGAAGCAUUAAUCAUUUCCUCAUUGAAAUGGAACUUUUUUUUUUGUCUUAAAAGAAUCAUUGUAUUUUAGGGUUGUUUUUGGCAAAUAUGGUGAGCACCUAUGUAACCAGAUGAUAUUA